AUGGUUCUGACGUGCAGGCUCGUUGCCCGCGACCGCGGGGGUGAGAGUCUCAUCAUCGCUUUCUACCCGGACAACGAUACCACUGAGGUCUUGGAUACAAGCAAGCUCAAGCAUCACUUCCUCUACGGAACACGAGGCGUUCGCGUCGAGGACGUCAGUGCCUGUCGCGUCUUCCCCGUCAAGCUGGCCGAACUAUUCCGCAUCAAUUCGGAUCUUUGCGCAUACACUGGACCCCUUGGCACACUCAAGAAGUGCCAUUCCUGUGGAAAGGAAGAUCCAAGUGUCGUCAAAUGCGGCCGAUGCGGACUGUACUACUAUUGCAAUAAGACGCUUGGAUGGAAUCAAAAGGGGCACAAGGAGGCUUGUCGUGUGCUCAAGGACCCAAACUUGAGAGCUCUGUUCAAGAUUACCGUUGGUGAAGGCGAGCACCGGUUCCAAUUUCCGAGAUGA